GGUUUGCCUGAGGAGUGUAAAGUUCAGACUCCGGCGUUCACAGAUGCAGUGCGACUUUAUCGACAGUCUCAUGGUCAUUAUGGAACCUGGGAUAUGAUGUGUGGGAAGCCUCCACAGAUCCUCGCUAAUCUGGUCAUGGAGACCCUCCUCCCUGAGAUGAGAGACCUCAUAACUCCGAAACUGAAGGGCAAGAUGCAUGAGAGACAGAAGAACUGGAUGCUGAUAUCAGAUGCAGUGUACGGCCUGGUUCAGAGUCAGGCUCAGGCUCAGUAUGAAGCUGUAGUGCAGAGCUGUGAAGCAGGUCGACCUCCUCUUGAAACCACCAUCCGCACAGACAUGGACCAGAUCAUCACUUCCAAAGAACACGUGACCAGCAAAAUACGAGGGCUUGUGCUGCCCAAAGCAGAGAAGCUUCUAAAGGUCAGCAUCCAGCCAUACAUCAGCUCAAUCCUGGACGCUCUGAUGGAGCCCACGAGCCGAGGCUUCUUCGAGGUGCGAGACCUGUUCUUCAGAGAGCUGGUGGACAUGAGCAAGAAUCUCCUCAAUGAUGGAAACAAAGAGAAACUCGGCGAGCACAUGGACAAGAUCUCCAUGCUGGCCUUUCAUCCAGUGAAGAUGCAGAACGGCUAUGAGAAGAUGGAGACUCUGAGUUUAGAGGGACUCCAGCAGCGAUUUGACGUUUCCAGCCCGUCCGUGUUUGUCCAGAGAGCUCAAAUCCUAAUGCGAGAGCAAAUGGAUGACGCGGUGUACACGUUUGAGCAGCUGCUGCACCAGAGUUUGGAGGACCAGGAAGGAGAAGAUCUCUGUAAAACCAUCCAGCGCUGCCAGGAUCGGGUCAUCAAGAAAUUUGACUAUGACAGCAGCACUGUUCGUAAGAAGUUCUUCAGAGAGGCACUUCUGCAGAUCUUCAUCCCCUACAUGCUGAAACAGCUCUCCCCAUCAUGCUCUGCUGAGCUCCCUCGCUUCCAAGAGCUCAUUUUUGAGGAUUUCUCUCGUUUCAUUCUGGUGGAGAACAUCUUUGAGGAAGUGGUCCUGCACACGGUCAUGAAAGAUAUAAUGAUGGCGGUGAAGGAAGCAGCAGUCCAGAGGAGACACAACCUAUACCGAGACAGCAUUGUUUUGACCAACAGCGACCCAAACCUUCACCUCCUGGCAGAAAACCCUGCUAUCGACUGGGCUGAGGAGUAUGGAGGAGGCCAGGAGGAGGCAGGUGGAGAAAACGCUGGAGAUCCCGAAGCUCAGAAGAGGCGCAGGAUGAAGCAGGUGGUCUCCAUGAUCCAGUUAGAGGGCACUGCAUCAGUGCUGCCCCACGAGUCAUGCCUGGAAGUGCCCAACGUAGGCAAAAUUCCAGAGGAGGAGGCCGAGGUACAUUCAGACACCUCAUUAUCCCAAACAUCUGAGAAGCAAGUGCCCAACGGAACCAAAGAGGAUGUGAACAGAAAUGCGUUUGAGGAGAAGCCACCGACAAAUAGAAGUCCGCAAAAAGAGGAAGAGAAAACGAUGGAAAAUUCACCACAGGACACAGAGAGCAAGUCAGCAAUAGAUUGUGCCAUUCAAGAAAUCGACAAAGCAGUUCAGGAAGAGGAACAAGAGAAUCGGACACAGAAAGAGGAAACCGAGAUAAAAGCAGACACUCAUUUACAAGAAAUGGAAGGAAGUACAAAUAAAGAUCCACCUUUAGGUUCAGAGGAUUCAGCCGUUAGGGAAGUGGAGGCCGUGACGGCAUCAGAUCAACAGGAAAAUCACAUUACGGAGGGUAAUCAAGACUCCCACACGGAAAAGCCCAUCUGUUCGUUACAGCAGGACGACAGUGGAGUCCAGUCGCCCGCUAAUGAGGUAAAAGUAGAGGAGCAUCCAAUGGAAAAGCAGGAAUGUAAUGACGCUGAGACAGGAGAGGACACUGGGAAGGGAGAAAGUGCACACGUGUAUCACCAGUGAAAAGACGAUUCAGUUAAUGUGUUUGUAUGCCUGCAAACAUUGAGGAAAUGCAUCACACAUUGCUCUUAAAGGGAUAGUUCACCCAGGUAUGACUAUUAACUCACUGUUUACUCAACCACAAGUAGUUC